CUUUAAUCGAUGCUGGUGUUAAACGGUGCUUGCUGAAUUAUUUUCUAAAAACAGAAUAAAGCAUGUAAAUAUGAAUUAAUUUAAUAAGCCUUUUUUUGAUCAGUGAAAUAAUGUUCUAGUGUUUGAAUAAAAACAACUAGCCUACACGACACUGUGCCAGUCUGCAGGGCGUCUCUGCUCCUCUCACUGGCAGGCGCCUCUCGCGAGCGCACCGCGCGCUCUGGACAGCGCAGCGCCUCGUGCGCCCCCCACAGUCUCUCUCUGGGACAACACCUGGCUGUGAAAACAUCCAGCCUGCCUCUAAACCUCAGAUGAGCUGCGGCGGCGGCAGGAACUUGAAGCGACGCCGUCCCCUCCGGUGGGUGACCGACCGACUGUCCGGUGCCUAACGGUAUGGCCGCGCGGACCCUGAGCGAAGCCGCUUUCCCCAAAUGGCGGAGUGAGUGAGGAUGCGACUCCCCAGUUCCAUCUUUGUGUCGGUGUCUCUGUUCACGGCCGAGACCACGGCAGCUCUCUACCUCAGCUCCACGUACCGCUCAGCUGGUGACCAAAUCUGGCAAGGGCUCACGCUCCUUUUCACGCUCAUACCGUCCGUGCUCGUGCAGCUGACCCUCACCUUCAUCCACCGGGACCUGAGCAGAGACAGACCGCUCAUCCUGCUGCUGCACAUCCUGCAGCUCGGACCCAUCGUCAGGUGUUUGGAAGCGUUCUGUAUCUAUGGCAGCGUGGGCCGCGUGGAGGAGCCGUAUGUCAGCAUCACCAGGAAGAAGCAGAUGCCUCGCGGGGGUCAGUCUGAGGAGGUGGAGCGGCAGGUGGGGCAGGCGGAGGGAAAACUGUUUACUCACCGAGCAGCCUUCGCCCGCACCUCUGUCAUUCAGGCCUUCCUGGGAUCUGCCCCCCAGCUCACCCUGCAGCUCUACAUCUGCGUCCUGCAGCAGGGGGUCUCCAUCGGUAGAGGCACACUGAUGGUGAUCUCCCUCCUGUCCAUCGUGUACGGAGCGCUGCGCUGCAACAUCCUGGCCAUUAAGAUCAAAUACGAUGACUAUGAAGUGGACGUGCGGCCCAUGGCUUAUCUGUGCAUCUUCCUGUGGAGGAGCUUUGAGAUUGCGACUCGUGUGGUGGUUCUGGUUCUGUUCAGCUCUGUGCUGCAGCUCUGGGUGCUGCCGGUAGUUCUGCUUAAUUUCCUGGUUUUCUUCUUGUACCCGUGGAUCCUGUUCUGGCAGAGCCACUCUCCGUUCCCUGAGAAUAUAGAAAAAACUCUGACCAGGGUGGGAACCACCAUCGUGCUCUGCCUGCUCACCUUCCUGUACGCCGGCAUCAACAUGUUCUGCUGGUCCGCCGUGCAGGUGAAACUCAACGACCCGGACCUCAUCAAUAAGUCCCAGAACUGGUAUCGCAUGGCCGUGUACUACAUGCUGCGUUUUGUGGAGAACGCCUCGCUGCUCCUGCUGUGGUACAUCAAUAAAACUGACUUCUACAAGUUCAUCUGCGCCCCGCUGCUUGUGCUGCAGCUGCUGGUCGCCUACGCCAUCGCCAUCUUCUUCAUGCUGGUCUUCUACCAAUUCUGUCAUCCGUGUCGGAGGCUCUUCUCCUCCAGCAUGACCCACAACCUCUGGAACUGCUCCUCUCUGCUCUGUCUCAUGUGCAGCUCCGCUUCGCCACAGAACAGGCCGAUGAGGAGGUCGCUCAGCCCCUCCACGCACAAAGAGCCGGCUGACGACGAAGCCCACGACUCGGCCAGCGACACCACAGAGGACAUGCCUAACGAAACAACGUACGACAUGCUCAAUGAUACAAUCUAUGACACUUCUAAUGAAAUGGGCAAUAAUAUAAGCGAUGGAAUCAACGGAGACGUUAACCACAGUGUACCCUGCAACGCUUAAAGCAUCACAACUGUUUGACGUGCCAUCCAGAGGAGCGACUGUUAUCACACCCUCUGCAACCUUUUAAGUGCCACAUGAGUUUACACUUUCAUAUCCAUCUCUGUUUUCUACCACUGUCUGUUCCUCCUACAUAGUGUCCUUAACUGGAGAUGUAUUCUGGCUGCAGAAGCAGAGGUUGUGCUCACCUGAGUCAUCCGCAAACAUCCUUCAUCCUGCAGCCUUGAAUACAGAUAAAAACAGACAUCACUCCCAGUUCUGGAGACUGCGUCCACUUAUAUGCUGCAUUAUUGAUCACAAGGCGCCAUGCAUUUGAAUUGAUUGUAUUUAGUAUCUGUUUGGCAUGGAGGUGUGCAUGUGUGGAGCCUCAGAUGAACUUCUGCAGGGGGGUGGGGAGUCUGUUUUGUACAGGGUUUUUUUCUGAACCCUCCCCCCCUUCUAGUUUUAUGGCUGCAAGCAAUCAGCUUUUUUACUCCUUGAUAAGAGCUUUAUCAUUGAUGCGCGCUGCUUCUGUGAUGUAUUUGUGCUUGACGACGAGAUGUGAAUCUCACAUGUUGUUUAAUAAAGAGCCCGUUCGAUCACCAAACACGUUAACUGUAAAGCACUCCGAUGUUUUUGCACGUUUACAACAAGGAUUUCAGUGGCUUUGGUUCAGCUGCUGAGCUGCAACCAGCUGCAAUGAUGUGAAACGCUUUGGAUGUAUUUGCGUUUUUUUUUUCUCACGCUUGUUACGUCUGUCUGCUGUGUGUCUGUGCGUCUCAUUAGUUAGAACAUUUAAACUGAGUGCACACUAAAAUAUGUAAUUGAAAAAAAAAUGUGUGGAAUUGUAACAAGUGAUUUUGCUUAUUUUCAACCUUUAAUGUGUAAC